ACAGAGGGAAAAGAAGUUGCACUGAUUGUGAAAAUCCCAACAGCCAAUGGACUGUCACCUCGGAGGCGCGGCGGCCUUGUGAUUGGUUGGUGUGGGUGGGGUUCUGUCAGUAGCAGUCUGGUGCUUAGAGUCUCUGAGAAAGUGAAGGGGCCGCCUGAGGCUUGGAGCCCACGGCCAGGCCGACUUAUGGAGCUCGAGAAUAUAGUAGCCAACACCGUGCUGCUGAAAGCCAGAGAGGGUGGCGGGGGCAACCGAAAAGGCAAAAGUAAGAAAUGGCGUCAGAUGCUGCAGUUUCCUCAUAUCAGCGACUGCGAGGAGCUGAGGCGCAGUCUGGAGCGAGAUUACCACAGUCUCUGUGACCGACAGCCAAUAGGACGCCUUCUCUUCCGCCAGUUUUGUGAGACGCGCCCGGAGUUACUGAGAUGCGUGCGUUUUCUUGAUGCUGUUGCUGAAUAUGAAGUAUCGCCUGAUGAAAAGCGUAAAGAAUGUGGACAGCAACUGAUAGAAAAAUAUCUCACGGUUACGAGUGAAGAUUACAUCACUGAAGUCCCUGAGCACAUGGUUGUCAGUUGUACUGAAAGCCUAGAAAUAAAUCCAUGCAAAGAACUUUUUAAUGAACCCUCAAAGCUUGUUCAUGACUUCCUGAGCAUGGCUCCAUUUUCGGAUUUCUUGGACAGUUUGUAUUAUAACCGCUUUCUGCAAUGGAAAUGGCUGGAGAGGCAACCGGUUACAAAGAACACUUUCCGACAGUACAGAGUUUUGGGCAAGGGGGGCUUUGGAGAGGUAUGUGCCUGCCAAGUGAGAGCCACAGGGAAGAUGUAUGCUUGCAAGAAACUGGAGAAGAAGCGCAUCAAGAAAAGGAAAGGGGAAUCGAUGGCUCUAAAUGAGAAGCAGAUCUUAGAGAAAGUCAACAGCAGGUUUGUAGUUAGUUUAGCAUAUGCCUAUGAAACUAAAGAUGCUCUCUGUCUGGUACUAACCCUCAUGAACGGAGGAGAUCUGAAAUUCCACAUUUACCACAUGGGAGAUGCUGGAUUCGAGGAGGGGAGAGCUAUAUUCUAUGCAGCAGAAAUCUGCUGCGGCCUGGAGCACCUUCAUCAAGAAAGGAUAGUUUACAGAGAUCUCAAACCAGAAAACAUUUUGCUUGAUGAUGAUGGGCAUAUAAGAAUCUCGGAUCUUGGACUUGCAGUACAUAUUCCAGAAGAUCAAACUAUUAAGGGAAGAGUAGGGACUGUUGGAUAUAUGGCUCCAGAAGUGGUAAGAAAUGAGAGAUACACUUUCAGCCCAGACUGGUGGGCCCUUGGGUGUCUGCUAUACGAGAUGAUUGAGGGCCAAUCUCCUUUCCAGCAAAGAAAAAGAAAGAUCAAACGAGAAGAGGUUGAGAGGCUUGUAAAGGAAGGGCAAGAAGAGUAUUCUGCCAAGUUUUCUUCUGAUGCACAAUCUUUAUGCAAAAUGUUACUUUUGAAAGACCCCAAUGAGCGCUUAGGGUGCCAAGGAAGAAGUGCUCAGGAGGUGAAGGAGCAUCCCCUGUUUAAGCAAAUAAACUUCAAGCGGCUGGAAGCUGGAAUACUGGAGCCUCCCUUUAAACCUGAUCCUCAAGCUAUUUACUGUAAGGAUGUCUUGGAUAUAGAGCAGUUCUCUACAGUAAAGGGGGUUGAUCUGGAGCAGACGGACAAUGACUUCUACCACAAAUUUGCCACAGGCAACAUCUGCAUCCCCUGGCAGAACGAGAUGGUGGAGACAGACUGCUUUUGGGACCUAAGUGCACUGCCCACAGAUGGAAGCAUUCCACCUGACCUAGAUUGGAGGGGAUUGCCAUCCCCGCAACCCAAAAAGGGACUACUUCAGCGUUUCUUCAGCAGACAGGACUGCUGUGGCAAUUGCAGCGAUAGCGAAGAGGAGCCGACGCGCUUAUAGCCCCAGUGGGGCCCCAGAAUUGAACUGCGAACUAAGACGGAUCAGUUUACAUGUUUUGCACAUUUACAGCCAUAUACCGUCCCUGCUCAAAGGGGGCUGCUGCUUGGCACAGUGCAGUGGGUCUCUGGAGGAGUUAAGGAUUCAGUAGUAAUGUAUAAAGUCACAUCUUUCAGUAUAGGAAUAAAUAUUUCCAGUGCCUUGUCCCACAGGUAUAGUAGCGCCUUCCCUUGUUGCCAUAGGACUCCAUUGGCCUCUCAGGAAGGACACGUCUGUGGAAAUCCCUAUGGAGGAUGUUCAGUUAUUUCUUUUUACCUACGUGCUAAGAGAUGUUUUUAUUUUGUUUAUGAAAAAAAAAAUAAUGUUUUUAUAUAUAUAUAAAAAAUAUGUAGCUUAAGAACCCUCCUCCUUUACAGAACCACCUCCUUUUUAUGUUCAUUUCUGGCACCUGUUUUUUUUUGUUUUGUGUAUUUUUUUUUUUAUUGCAAUAAUAUGUAACGUUAAAUGACUAUGUUUUAGAUUUCAGAAAUCCCAAUGUGAAAUGCUCAGAAACUAUCAUGAGAAGCAGUAAUUUAUUUCAAUGUCUGGUCCUGCGCCAGGGAGAGAAAAUUAGGGAUGCACUGAAUAUAGGAUUCGAAUCCUAAUGUGCACAUGCAAAUUGGGGACAGGGAGGGAAAUUGAGUGACUUACAAGGAAUUUAAAAAAAAAUCCCCUUCCCACCCCUAAUUUGCAUUUGCAAUUUGGUUCGGUAUUUGGCCGAAUGUUUCACGAAGGAUUCGGGGUUCAGCUGAAUCCAAAAUAGUGGAUUCGGUGCAUCCCUAGAGAAAAUCUCGUGGCACAGUCACAGUUUUGUGCUUUUAUUGCAUUUCAACAUCCCAACAUUUCGUGCACAUACAGAAGGAUUUUAAUUUAUUGAAGCAAUGCAUCUCUGGCACCAUUUGAAACUAUAGGAAUGAUUUAUAGGCAACCCUUAUUUGUAAUGAGUUGUUUAUCUACCCUCAUUUGUAAUUAUGUAUUCUCACUGUCCUUAUAGAAAGAAAACUGCGCUUGGCUUAACACACGGGUGGUCAUUGCUAAUGAAAUCUUUGUUUGCCCUUUAUAAGCACUAAUCAGACACUAAUGGAAUAAGAAUGGACAUGGGUGGAUUGGAAAUUCGCUAGCGGCCAUUAUGUGGCAUGUUCCAGUAGAAUGAUGUCUGCUUAGGCAGAGCCCAUGCUGCUUCAGGUGGCUUCGAUCAGUAAAGGGGCUGUUAAGUUGGCUUAUAGUAUGUAUGAACUUAUAGUAUGUAUGAACUUAUAGUAUGUUGCCCUAUUUCUAGUAACUUCAGUAUGUCUUUUUUUUAUAUAUAUAUAUA